UUAGUGAUUUUGUUGACUUUGUGAACAGAAAAAAGAGGCUCGUCCGCUACCGGGAAUUUGAUAAAACCACAAAAACCACAAUAAAAUGUUGCUAAGUCCGUUAAUAAAAAGUGCCGACAUGCUGUCGUUUAUCUAGUGGCAUAAAACCGCAACCAGCUGAACUUAUAUUUAAGUGCGGCCGGUGCAAAUGUGGGCAGCAUGACCGAGGGCAAGAAUUUACCCCACUCCAGUGCGGAUGUCCCAUUCCGUAGCAAGGAACUGCGAAAGCAGUCUUUGAUCCAGCACACCGGCCUGGUUGGCGUUAUUGACGAAGGCACCAAGACCAUCGGCUUUUCGAUCUACACCACGCCAGACUUUAAGGAGAUUGCAGCGCACCGCGUUGAGCUGAGUGUGAUCACGCCGCAAGAUGGUUGGUACGAGCAGGAUCCGCUGGAGAUGAUGGCCUCGAUCAACAAAUGUGCCGAGGAGGCCAUCAAGCAGCUGCCCGAGCAGGGCUUCUCCGCCAGCGACAUAGCCACCGUGGGCAUUACCAAUCAGCGUGAGACAACAAUCGUUUGGGACGCCGUCACUGGCAAACCACUGUACAAUGCCCUUUUGUGGAAGGACAUCCGCACCAGCACCACUGUGGAGCAGAUUGUGGCCAAGGUGCAGGAUCCGAAUCACUUUCGCAGCAGCACCGGUCUGCCCAUCUCCACGUACUUCUCAGCCUUGAAGAUCCGCUGGCUGAGGGACAAUGUGCCUGAGGUUCGGCAAGCCAUACGGGAAAGGCGCUGCAAAGCGGGCACUGUGGACAGCUGGAUCGUAUGGAAUCUUACUAAUGGUGCUCUCCACAUCACCGACGUCACGAACGCCUCGCGCACACUCCUCAUGAACUUGGAAACCCAAAGCUGGGAUCCCGUGCUGCUCAAGACUUUCGGCAUCAAGGAGGACAUGUUGCCCAGCAUUCACAGCUGCUCGGAGGUGUUUGGCAAGAUCACGUCAGAAAGAAGUCCGCUGCGUGGAAUGACCCUAAGUGGAAUUAUGGGCAACCAGCAGGCCUCGCUACUGGGCCAAAUGUGCGUGAAGCCCGGUCAGACAAAGAACACAUACCGCUCCGGCUGCUUUUUGCUGUGCAAUACGGGAGACAAGCCCGUAUUCUCGCGCCACGGACUCCUAACCACAGUUGCAUAUAAGCUGGGACCUCAUGCUCCCACGAUAUAUGCCAUCGAGGGAGCUGUUUCAGUGGCCGGACAUGCACUUUCCUGGCUGCAGACGAAGGUUCGAAUCCUGCCCGAUUCGCGGGACGCCGAGAAAUAUGCUGAGAUGGUUCCCACGUCCGGUGAUGUGUAUUUCGUGCCAGCCUUCACAGGAUUAUAUGCUCCGUACUGGAAGCAGAAUGCCCGCGGCAUCAUCAUUGGUCUAACGCAGUUCACGCGGAAGAAUCACAUUGUGAGGGCCGCUUUGGAGAGUAUCUGCUUCCAGACGCGCGACAUUCUGGAGUGCAUGCACCAGGAGUGUGGAUACGAGAUCAACAAACUUCAUGCCGAUGGCAAGCUAACCACAAACAACUUACUAAUGCAGCUCCAGGCUGACACCAUUGGACUACCCGUGUUCCGAUCCCAACUAAUGGACUCUACAGCCUUCGGAGCUGCCAUGUGUGCUGCCCAGGCGGAAGGGGUGAACCUGUGCCAGUUCGAGCCUGAGAAGCGGUACUACGAGAACGUGCACUACGACACCUUCCUGGCCACCACGACUGAUGUGGAGCGCAAGGAGCGCUACGGCAAGUGGAAGCGGGCAGUGGAGCGCAGUCUGGGCUGGGUCAUUAAGCAGAAGAAGACGCGGGAGCACACGGAAGAGAACUACCGCAUGCUGUCCUCGCUGCCGGCGAGCAUUUUCCUCAUCAGCAGCUUCGCCAUGCUGGUGCAUUCCCUGUCUGCGGCUGGACAGUAGAUAAUGCCCUGACCCUUGCAUCGAUUCUUUCGGUUGUGAUAGUAAUUAUUUUCCCGGAUUUCGUUUGGAUCUGACACACACAGACACACACACUGUACAUAGUUCUCAUGGAGGACAUUCGGUGGUUGAAGGAGCUUUAAACCCUUGUAAAUAGUUGCUUACGAAAAGCUUGGCCUGGACGAGAGUUCAUCCGGCCAAGCUCCAAACUAUAUUUAGUAUCUCCUAUGGCCUGACUAUCUUAUCCUGUUCUUCUGUUCCAAAUUUCCUGUACGUCUUAGCAGUAGUUUCAAUGACGAACUGGCCCUAUCAGCCGGAAUCUGGAAUUGUAUAUAGCCAAAGUGCAAAACGACAUUUCUAAUUUAAGUAGGUCCCAUACUCUGUAUUUGUAUGUAUGUAUAUUUUUUAGUGAUUACGCCCCUUAAACAAUAAACAGAACUAAUACAAAUCGAA